AUGUGUUCUGUUACGGCAGUUUACGCCCUGACGACGACUCCAACAUGCCUUGGACCCAAGAAGCGGUAUCUGGGCAGUGGCGAUGCGAAAGAGGAUACCACCAACAGAGUUAGCGGUUGGGUGCUGACGGCUGAUCCAGAGCUGUUCCAGCGAAAGUUGAAGCACUUUGAUUCCAUAGAAGGAUACGUGCCCGAUGGUUCUGGGCUGUAUCAGAGAGCCAUAGCCGAUGCAUUUCUUGGUGAUCCUAAAAGGACACUAGGAGGGGAGCCCAUCGGAGAGGAAGGAUCUGUCGUUCGCGCCUAUGUCUACCAUAGACCAGAUUGCAACAAAUCCAAGCAAAUACCAUCUGGCGAUUGGCUACAACGCGACAGAUGA